ACUCAAGUAGAGCACGUUUUUGUGGACUGAUGUGAAUUAGGUUUGGCUUGAUAUCGCUAUAUUUGUAUUAUUACUAUUUUAAAAGGCUUGUCUCUCGCUAUUAGUGUUCAGUCAUAGUAAACACUAGUCACGCUUUUUGUAAAGAGUGACGUUCAGGAUGAAAAUCGUGAAAAAACCAAAUAUUCUACUGACAGGGACUCCUGGAGUUGGUAAGACAACUUUAGGGAAAGAGCUUGCCCAGCAAACAGGUCUAACAUACGUCAAUGUAGGUGACCUGGCUCAAGAAGGACAACUGUUUGAUGGAUUUGAUGAGGAAUACCAGUGUCCAGUGUUGGAUGAGGACAGAGUGGUGGAUGAGCUGGAAAAUAAGAUGACAGAUGGAGGUGUUAUAGUGGAUUACCACGGCUGCGACUUUUUCCCUGAGCGAUGGUUCGACAUUGUCUUUGUUCUUCGCACAGACAACACCAAUUUGUAUAACCGACUAGAGAGCAGGGGAUACACAGGGAAGAAGCUUCAGGACAACGUCCAGUGUGAGAUCUUCCAGACCAUCUAUGAGGAGGCUAUGGAGGCCUACAAGCCAGAGAUUGUCCACCAGAUGCCCAGCAAUGAGCCAGAGGACUUGGACAGGAACCUGGAUCAGAUUUCACAGUGGAUAGAGCAGUGGAUGAAGGACAAUAACUAAACCGAUUUUUGACACCAGCUGUUCGGACUGUAUUCGUCACACAAAAUCACAUUCACACCUGGAGAGGUGCAACACUUCUCAAUCCACACAGCUGUUCAGAUGUGUUGAGAUGCAUGGGUGCAGUGGGGGUUUAUCUGUUACAUUGCAUUUAAUAGAAGUAUCACAAGGUGUCUGAUGAUCGUGUGGCCGAUAGAAAUUACAGUUUUAUUUUUAUAGUGUACACAGCACCUUGCACGGAUAAGUGAACAUUUGAGCAAGAGUAUUGUAAUCAGGCACUCACAUUCCAGUUAAGGUUUUAAGUUUGAAACCAGUUUCCAAAACAAUAAUCUGACUUGCUCCUGAUCUUGUGUUUUCAUGAGGAUUGGGCUUUAUCCAGCAUCCUUUAAAGGAGUUUUGACUCAAGUGUGUUCACUCAGGCCUUACGGUAUGUUAGAAGACAUUAUUAUUAUAAUUAUAUUAUUAUAAUUAAAUAAUGUGAUAUGAAACAUACUGAUAAAUGCAGUAGUCUAAUAUCUGAUACAAAUUGUGACGCCCCCUGUCUACUGGUCCUGCAACUGAUAUGAAAAUUAGUGCAUCAAGAUGCAAUUGCAGGUAGGCCCAAAUGGUUGGUUGAAGCUGUUUCAGUAAUGUAAUGAAUAGAUUGUUGGCUGUAAGUACAAAUACAAAUUAUUAAAUAAGCUUCCCCUUGAA